ACACGUAUUUUUAAGAAGCUGCUUUCAGAGCUUACUGCAAACAUGUCGCACACCAUUCUACUGGUCCAGCCCACGAAGAGACCAGAGGGGAGAACAUAUGCCGACUACGAGUCUGUCAAUGAAUGCAUGGAAGGUGUGUGUAAGAUGUAUGAGGAACAUUUGAAGAGGAUGAAUCCUAACAGCCCGUCCAUUACUUACGACAUCAGUCAGCUGUUUGAUUUUGUCGACGACCUAGCUGACCUCAGUUGCCUGGUGUAUCGAGCAGACACACAGACGUACCAGCCCUACAACAAAGACUGGAUCAAAGAGAAGAUCUAUGUCUUACUGAGACGUCAGGCCCAACAGGCUGGGAAAUAGGGACUUAGUUGGGGGCAGGGUCUAAUAAAGAGGGGAUGGUAUGUACAGGUGCUCUCCGUAAGAACUCUCUCUCUCUCUCUCUCUCUGUCACUCUUUUUGUAAACAAAUGUUUUAUCAACCUUACCUGGAACACGCUGGAGGGUCGUUUGUGCACAGGAAAGGAGAGCUCAAUGAAGGAGCGACGUGGUUUAAUGUAGUACGUGUUAGUCUGGCAAAGUUUGAUUUGCUCCAUCAGCCCAGCUGUAGCAUCAGGAAAAAAAAACCCUUGGGAGGUGCACCUAGGUGUAGGAGAGACUUCAGUAAAUAAAAUGUGAAUAUUUAAUUACAGCUCACCCUUUUGUUUUGAUGGGAGGACAAAAUAGAUUUUAGGAAAAUGGGAUGGGGUACUUAUGUCAUUUUUAUUGAGCUUGUUUUAUGGCCAUUUUGCUAUGAUAUGGCAAUAUUUUUUGUUUGUUUGUUUUUGGUCAUAUAUGCAUGGGUUAUUGGUUAUGUUAAAUGUGUGUUUUGAUUCCAUAGUAGAGGUUACAUGUAGUUUAAUUUUGUCAUUCAUGAGCCAUGAGUCACACUGACGUAAAUGUACUACUUCCCUCUCUGACAACUGAUCUGAAAUCAGUAGAUAAAGAGUGAUUGCUAAAAUCCUUAGUACUUUUGAUACAGUUACAUUGUCUUUAUUGUGGUUUUAUUUCUUUUGGAAAUGUGUGUUUUUUUAUUUCUUGUCUAACCCCACACUCAAUAUAAAGUAGGACACUGAGAAAAUGGAAUUUUCAUCGAUUUGAAUUGUACCAAGACCCUCCUACACUGUUACUGAAGGAGGUGUUUUUUUUGUUUGUUUUUGUUUUUUUUGGGGGGGGGGGGCGCUUAUUGAAACGCUAUUUCAAUGGAUGUAGGAGUUUGUUAUAAAUCCUCUUCUUGUUUCAUUUUAAGUGUAAGCAUACUGCGCAUUUUAUUAUUAUGUUUUUCCUAAGCUGAGUUCAAAUUUCAAUUCCUGGUUGUUUUGGUUGUCACUAUGGUGUAAAUAAAACGGUCUGUUAACUGA